AUGGGCGGAAUUCACGGUGGUAUGGAAGCGAAAUGGUUGGGCUGGUGGGGUAGCCUAGGAAGCAUGUCCCAGAAAGGCGUCACCACCUACACGGUCGCCCCCAAUCGCAUGCGGCCCUUGGCCGGCACGCUGCACGCCGCGUUCUUCAACACCUUCCGACGCAGCCGGAACCAGAUCCUCUACGUGCUGCCGCCGUUCAUCGUCGGGUACUAUGCCAUGGACUGGGCUACCAAGAAGAACGAAUGGUUGAACUCGAAGGAGGGCAGGGCAGCGACGGGAGAGGAGGAGUAGGUAUAGCGACGAAAUUACAUGAGGGGCGGACGGGCUUCAUAGAUGGGUUCUCAACGCUGUGAUCAGCACACUGUGUAUAACAUGAAGAAUUCAAGCUUGCAUAUGGAACUGCCAUUCUACCAGGUGCCUUGAUCGGUCGCUACAGUCGCUGGCUAAUGCUAUAUGCUUGCAUCCACCCCACCGGGACUCCCGGUUCCUAACGAUCUACCGAAAUGGGAGGGAAGCGG